GCGGAGUUGCCUCCCAACCUAUGGCCUUAUCUUGCUCAGCCUUGGUGCUAGGGGAUUCAGCUGCCUUUGCUGCCGCCCUCAGGACUCUCAUCAACAACCCACAGUUCAGUGAUGUGACAUUUCUGGUUGGCAGAGAGCAGAAGGAAGUCUUUGCCCAUCGCUGCCUCCUGUCCUCCCGCUGCCAGGCAUUCGGUGCAAUGCUGAGCCAUCCCCAGGAGAUACAGCAAGCCCCACUGACCCUGAGUCACGUACAACCAGAGGUGUUCCUUGCAGUCAUUGAGUACCUGUACACUAACAGUGUCACCCUCAACAACCUUAUUGCCCUGGAGGUGCUGACUUCAUCUAUGGAGUAUGGGCUGGAUGACCUCAGCAGGCUCUGUGUUGAAUUCAUCAAAGACACACUGAAUGUGGAACAAGCCUGUGAGGCUUUUCAGGCAGCAGUGGCAUAUGGGCAGGUAGAUUUGCAGACGCAUUGUCUCGCUUUCAUUGAGAACUGUACUCGGGAGGUGGUGCAAACACGCGGUUUCCUGGAGUUGUCAGAGCUGGCCAUGCAAACUAUCUUGCAAAGCAACAGCUUGGCCAUCGAUGAGGUGAAGCUGAUCCACGCUGUUCGAGAAUGGGCUCAUGUUGGAUCUGCUGUGCUGGGUAGGUCUGUGCGUAAUGUGGCGGGGGCAGUUGUGCCGGGGCUGCGCCUGGCUCUGCUGUCCCCAAGUGAGCUGACCACGCUGGAGGAGGAGAACAGAAAGGACCAGAUGAUUCCGGUAGAGAGUCUGGCCGAGGCCUGGAAGAUGCAUGCCCUAGGGAAGGGACGUGGUAUGCGGUCCUCCUGGUGCCGGCGUCGGCGUGGCACAUUGCCCCGGGAACAUCAUCGCCACCUGGACCCACAGCACAAGGGACAUGGUGCUCCCUGAAUGAGAAGGAAGCGGUACCCCUGUGCCCAGGCUGGGCAGCUUUGGUGUGACAACUGGGAACUGGCAGCUGCUGCUUGCUUGAGUGCUUCAUGGGCAUCCUGCCUGCAACCCGAGCUAUAGCCCAAUUGGCAGAAAGAACAGUGUGUGAGCAGGAAGAACAGGAUUUCCAUCAGAGCUAGCCAUGUCCCUUCCUGGCUGGGGCUGCAGCUAAUGCAUUGGAUUUAGACUCCUUGUCUUUGCUGGUGUUUCUUCCAACCCAUUCCUCUCCCUCGUGGCAGGUAGCUCUGUGCCAGCCUGGCCCACCUUGGUGGCCUCCUGGUGGGUUGGGCCACAGCUGUCAUCAUCCCCCAGCCAGCAAGGCAAGUGACUGCAGAUUUAUCACAAAAGGCCCAGGGCAGGAGGAAUGUGUUGAUUUGAGCAGAGAACAGUCUAUGGCUUUGAAGUGUCUGGGAUGGAUGAAAGACCUGGAAAUUGGAAGCUGGGGGGGGGGGGCAAGGGGUUCUCUUGCAUUGAUGCUACUGCUGAAGAGAAACAGGUGUGCCCUAGGGAAUCCUGGUGGCUGCCAUCAAACAGCUGCCACAGAAAGAGAGUUUCCUUAACACCUGAGCAGGUGUCUAUAUGCCCUAUUUACCCUACCAUGGCUGCGCAGUGGCGCUGCAUUGUUUAUAUGACACAGCCGCCGACUUGCAAUCACGAGAGGCUUCCCCCCCCCCAUCACUGAAACUGCACUUUUUGAAAGUGUGGAUUUACCAGGACUUUUUCCUUUGCUCCGAGGUCACCAGAUUGUUUUUAUGUGUGUCAGUGGUGGCCUCUGUUCGGGUUAUACACGUGGGUGUAGCUCUGGGCAGGCCAGGAACGCAGGGCAAGGGGUGGGCUGACAAGCUGAAUGGCUGCCGGCGCUGAAGAUUUUCUGGCCGGAUAGCCUGCACUCCCUCCUGCUGUCUAACCUUGUCAUUUCUGCCUCACUGCAGUGAUACUGCAGGGUUUUGAGGGAAUCGGAUAUCAACGCGAUGGUGCAUAGAUAGCCCACCUGGGAUGCACUGCCUGCUAGGUGGUCAACAUAUCUCUUGAAAACUGCCACUCCAAUCAUUUUUCUCACCAGCCUAUGUUUUCAGUGUCAUUUUGAUUCAGAGAGGUGUUUUUUUCUUUUGUACUUUAAACUGCCAUCCUUUCCUCAAUCUUUCACCAAGCUUCUUGAAAUUUUCAGGGUAUGUAAAACCAACAUUUCUUUCCGGCACAUGUAAAUUUCAGCAAGAUUGGUGAAAUAUUUUCCAUUUUAUGAACGUUAGAAUGACCCACCCCCCAAUUACUGCUUUAUAAUGGCGGAAUGUAGAAUCUACUCACUGCCUUUAACUCAGAUCACAGUGGCUACUAGUCAUGAUGGCGAUAAGCUACCAUCCGUAUCCGAGACAGUAUGCCUCUCUAUACCAAUUGCUGGGGAAUACCAGCAGUACUACCUGUGGGCUUCCUGCAUGCAGCUGGAUGGCCACUGUUUGAAGAGAAUGCUAGACUAGGUAGGCCUUUGGUCUGAUCCAGCAUAGCUCUUCUUAGGCUCUUGCCAGGGGAUCAAACUGCAAAAGCUCAGAAUACUACUUGUACAGGUUUGUCAGUCUAUGUCAAAGCACAAGAGCUAGGAGUUACCUGGGCGGGAGG